UCAAUGGUUGGUUCCUCUCCGGUUGGUAUGGCAGACACCCGCAGGCGUUUUCCGUUGAGAUUUGAUUGUAGACAACACUAGUUCGACCAAGGUGUGACCAAACGGUUCGGUAUUUUUUAAAUGCAAGGUUGGUAACGUACAAUCUCCAAGCUGGAGGCCAUACGACAAAAGUUCCGCUCCUUCGCGCGGCUAGUGUCGCGGGAGUCCAGCGAAGAUUCCACCGAAGCUCCACAGAGCCCCAGCGAACCCGCUCCGCCUGCCGAGCCCGAGGUUUUCGAGACUGAAGACCGACGUUACGAUCUAGGACUGGAGGAAAGCUGGGUUAUUUUCGACUCUCAUCGAGAAGAGAAGGGGUUACGUAAGAGAGAUGAGUCCGAGGGCAGCGACGCCAGCUUCGAAUCGGCUAGUACAAACCUUCCUGACGUACUGGAACCGGUAGUUAAGGCGGGCAGCGAUCAGAAGAUAAAUAACGAGGCGACGGUAGAAAUUCCUUUACAGACUAUUAAACCGUCCGUGUCUGCUGAUGAGAAGAUUCAAGGUAAAGAAAUGGCCAUAGAACAGGACGACCCCCCUUCCCCCGGUAACGUGGUUGAAACAAGUGUUUGUUCAGACGAUGUGGCGAGCGUAAACCAAGAAGAGGUAUCGAUAUCGCCACGGGAAGAGCCCGUGAAGAAGGAUGUUUACAACCAACCAGACCAUGAAAUACCUGUGCAGAAAAACGGCGGCCAUUUUGAUUCGUCUAGGUCAGACGAGUCGUUGCUGUAUGUGGGCGAGUCGGGGUUGAAAAACAACUCAUCGAGCAAAACAACAACCGAUCUACCUGCGAAUUCAGACAUGGAAGACAAUAAACCAACCGCUGAACUGAAACCACAGGAAGAAUUGUCUUCUCAACCGGACUCUCACGAAAAAGAAACAACCAGUGGUGAGCAGACAAUGGACGUUACCGAUGGAAUAAACAGAGAGCACUCACCGCAGGAAAGACAACAAACUGUCUCCCAGCGAAAAACUUAUGAUCGCAACCGGGCCUCAUUCCCACCGCCGCCACCGGACUACGAGACCGCCAUCACCAGGUGCGUAAGAUUAGAUCCCAACCCCGCCGGGUUUGUUUUGAUGCCUGUGCUACCUGCAGGGUUUAGUCCGGCCGGAGGUCAACCGUACUGGGGUGACCACGUUCAACAUGGCGCCCUUCCACCCCAGCCAAAUAACGGGUUCGCACACGACGGGCAUUUCCAGCAGGAAUCAGGGCAUGACAGGAUACAAGACGCCCCGUUUGAACAGGAUAUAUACCGCCAUGAGCCGGGAUUAGACCAUUUCAGUACACUACCGCCUUACUCGCACGAUUUAGGCCCCGAUGAAGUAGGACACCCCGCAUACGAAGAUAGACAUUUUGGAGACUUCCCCAGUAGACCGCCUCUGUAUGGUAGUGCAGAGAACAUAUUAGAUAUGAAGGAUCCAUCUGUACCUCUAGCAGAAAUGUCGCCUCAGUUGUCAAGCUCUGCAAUGGACAUUUCCGAAUAUGGCCGCAACAGCAGGUCCAUGGAUAGAAAAUCAGCACUGGCCGGGUUUUUGAAUCGCAGAAAGAACCUGUCCGGGUCUUGGGGAUCUCGCACUAGACAGCCGAGACAGUCAGCAAGCAGCGUAUUUGCUGGCUCAGCUGAAUCCAUACACGAUACUCAAGAUGACACGUCACAGAGAACAAUGUCACUAGAUCGGCUAAACAGACACAGGCCUGCAUCUAAGAGGACGUACGGUAUUAGGUCAUCUUCACUAGAUAGAAUGUUGGAUGAUGAUGGCAAUGGUUUCGUUGAAACGGAUGAAACAAAUCCCGAUGAAAACCAAGAAGAGGAUACUCCGCAAAGGACCGCAUCUCUGGAUCGAUUAGAUAGGCAAAGAACACCAUCUAAAAGAUCGUAUGGUAUCAAGACGUCAUCUCUACAUCCUUCAGAUAAUGGUCGCUUUGAUGGCAAUGGCGACCAAAUCACUGGGGAAUCCAAUGAAGAUGGAACUCCACAAAGAACCGGGUCCUUAGAUCGACUGAACAGACAGGGGUCGGCGUAUGACAGAGCAAAGAGAGUCAAGGCAGCAUCUUUGGAAGAAUUCAGACAGAGUCUCAAACUACUGACUUUGAAGAAAGACAAGUCGCCUGGCAGUGAUGUGGAUCAGCAUCAAGAGCAGGUGAAUCACGAAGAGACACGGGUACCACAAGAGGCAACACAGAAAACACCUGUUAGAAAACACCUGACGCCCUUCAUCAAGUUCUCACCCGCGUUCCUCGAACAAGAACGUGGUAAACAGAUAAUCCCACAGAGCCCAACGCCUACCCCUACAGUAACUGACGGACAACUGAGUCGGUUGGACGACGCCAGACAGAGGGCCAACCAACUGGAAGAACUUCUGAACUCGAAACGACAGAAGAUGGAAGAAGCCAAAGAGCAGGUGCGUAAGAUUCAUCAAAACCUCGAAGAGGAGCUGACGAAGCAAAAACAAGUUAGCGCAAACAGUAGACAAGGCGAAGAAUCAGUUGAAAUUAAUUUCUCAAAGUCUAAGGAUGGAGACGAAAAGAGUGAACAGCCGAAUGGCACCGCGGAGGACAAUGACUGGUCCACAGUGCAGUUUGGACAUCAGUCUAUCUCCAAAUCAGCUAGCCAUGAUAAUACAGACAGGAAAGAAUCAGGAGAUGAUCUGUUCACAAAACUGGACAGCAAAGAUGAGGAAUCGCAUAAUGUAGCCAAGAAACUUCUAUUGAGGGCAGAAGGAAGCCAUCAGAAUGAACCAAUUUCUCACAGCUUCAUCUCAUUCGAAGGAGACGACGGCCCCAUCACUCCUCCUCCUUUAAGAAACGACCCCCUCCCUGAGUUAGGAGUACCAGAGAACGACUACAUCCCAGGAAAUCCAUUUGAUCUCUUCCUGGAUUCACUUGGUCUGCCGGUGAUGGAAGGUGACUGGCCAGAAGAAAGGCGACCCUCCCUCAGUACCAUAUAUGAAGAAGACGAACCUUUGACUGACUCGAAUGCCACUAGUGUCAUUGACUUGACGAUGGAGGAGGGGUCGCUUGUAGCAGAGGACGAUGAAAAGGAAGAAAUGGGACCGGAGGAAGAGGAAAGAGAAGACAUUAAUGAGAAGAAGGUAUCGCCAGUUGAAGCGACAGAAGCAGAAGAAAAGGUUGAGAACCUCCAUCCACAAGAGAGGCUAGAAAAUGACAAGGAUAAGUUGGAGAAGGAUGAGGAUUUGGCUGAGACAAGCAAAAAGGAUGCAGAGGUGAACAUUGUGAAACAAGUUAGCAAGACAGAGACAGAAGAGAUUCAUACCACGGAAGAGAUAACUGUCAAUGGAAAAGGAGAGAAACUAGAAGAGAAGACAGAGGUUAACAAGGUAAAUAUGUCAGAGGAACCGAAUGACGUGGUAGAAAGCACACAGAGUGCACAAGAAGACAUUUCUGAAAAGGACACUACGAUGGAGAAAAGUCAAAUAGAUGCCACAGGUGGGGAAAAGGAUUCAACAAAGGAAUCUUUAAACGAAGAACCAAUCGAUAGUGUACAACAUGUGGACAAGAAAGAAGAAGAAGGAAACGAUCAAACCAACACAUUGCCAGUGAUGUCUGACAUCCCUACAAAAGAGCUGGACAAUGCUGCCGAUGAGAAAGAUGGACUUGAAGAAAAGAUAACGGAGGAGUCAGCGGAUUCAAAGGUGGAACUGCAAGAUGAACAGAACACAAAACAAGCCAUUGAAGAAGACAAAUGCAUGGCAGGUGAUGAAAAGCCACAGCCAGUCAUCAAGGUGAUGCCUAAAGAAGAAGAUGCGUCAUCAGAAAAAGAAGGUACAAAUACCCUGGAGAACAAAGAAAACGUUACAGAUGAAGCCAAGAAAGAUGUUGCAGAUACACCAAAGGAGGAUGCGGAAAAGGAGGAUACAGGUGCAACAAAACUGACUGUAAGGAGUCAAAAUGAUAAUGCAGAGCAGGAGAGAAAAGAAGCUUCUGGAAUCGAAGAAAAUCAGAAGAAAGAGGCAGUAGCACAGUCAGAUGCCGUAUCCAUCCGUACAAAAGAGACACCUAAAGAAGAGAUCGACAAAUCCGUUGCAAAGACCCAAGAACCUAUCAUCGAAAACGAACAGGAGAAUAACAUGCGACUACAGGAGGAACACAAUCCUAAGAUUUCGGUGGAUGGUGCGAAGACAAAUCCGAAGAAAAUGCCUGUUGUUGAAUUAACAAUCAACCUGAAAGCCAGUGAGAUAGGUCCAGAUCUGCUAAAUGAGUUGGAGAAAGCUAAAACACCCACCAGUGUCACCCCUGUCGUUCAGGUGUCUGAAAGCCCAAAAGUCAGCAAAAAGACUUCUAGAGAUAAGACGAAGCAGUCCAAAGGAACAACAAAAAGCUCAAAGGAACCUGACAAGUCUAAAAAGAACAAGAACUUCAUGGAAGAAAUCAACGCCUUGCUGGAGCAGACCGAGUCGACCAUGGUCAGGAGGAGCACCGAAAUCACAAGUGUGUCUGAGGAUCUGCAAAACACCGCUAAGACUCUAUUUAACUUAGAAGUAGAGGAACCAGUUUUCACCAGCCCGAAUACAACUAGCAGCUCGCAUGAUCUGAGCGGAAGUGCUUCCUCAUUGGACUCGACAGAAGAGGACAAAGGUCAUAUUUCUCUUACGAGUCCGGAACGUCCUUCCGUUGAGAGUCCGGAACGUCAGCCGUCGGUCACAACUCCGGAGCGUCAAAGUGAUUCCGGUAACGGGUCUCUCAAUGAAAGCCCGUUUUCCGUUAGAGCAGAAACCCUUGAGAAGUCACCACCUCCUCUUGACUCACAGAAGGAAAUACACAAGAUGACCAAGCAGGAAGGUGAAGACGAAAAGAAACAAGAGAGUGUCAAAGAUCAAACGGAGAAGCCGACGCCAAUCGCAACCAAAGAAGUCUUGGAAACAGGCAAGGAAACUUUAUCCAAAGAGAACCAAAGUGAAAAUACAACAUCGAGUAUUUCGGGUGAGUCUACUGGAAAAUUUGAAACUUCACAUCAGAAACAAGACGCGGAAAAGGACAAAGUCAUUCCGUCCGACGUCAUCAACCCUAAAGAUAACCUGGAGCAAAAAGAACCGGACACAAUGAGUGAGCCUAUCAAGUCUUCUCAAGACGAGGAAAGUCCAAGUAAGGAAAGUGUCCCAGAAGAAGUGAUCAUCACAUAUAAGAAGAUCGAUGUUCAAGAUAAUCUGAAGCAAAGUGAACCGGAUAUGAAGAGCGAUGAAACAGUGCUGCCAUCUAUUGAAAGAGAACGUCCAAGUCAGGAAAUGAAUACAGAGCAGAUGCAAGAAAUAAACAUUGAGUCCAAGAAGCCCUGCUAUGAAGACGAACCAAAGCAAAAAGAAUCUGAUACGAUGAGCAAUGAAGCCACGCCUCAUGAAGUCUUAGAAGCAACGCAAGAAAUAAGGAAAGGGACAGACACACCAACCCAUGAUGCAACAAAACCACCAAAGACCGACGUUGCUGAGCCAAAUGCAAAAAUCCCGUCGGAGAGUAACGAACAAAAGAAAGCACAUACAAGUCGAGUUGAAAUGAACGUUCCCGUGCAAGAAAAGAAAGCAAAACUUGUCUCCGAGGACAUCAAGAAAGACGAAGGGGAUGUGGUGAAACAAGAGCCUGAUAUAAUCAGCAACAUGCCAAAAGUAGCACGCUCUGUGGAAAUGUUUGAAUCGCUCCUGAGGUCCAACAAUAAGAAGAGCACAGCUAAGACAAAUAGCGUUAAGAUAAAGCCCGUUCCCACAGACGUGCAAGAAAGAAACGGCGUAAAUAAAAUUGCAGAUGACGCUCAUCCAAAAGCAAAGGCGGAAGACAAGAAAAGCCGAACAGUCGAACCUGACGUCCACAAACAAAGCAAGCAAGAAACCACCAACAGCCAACCUCCAGACCAAGUCGACGACGAAGGUGAGGUUGCAGAGGGCAUCUACACCGCCAGCCUGGUUUAUGUCGGCGGCAACAGCUUUGAAGAGAGUGGAGAGUUCUCUCCCAGAAGUUUCCCUAACAACGAAUCAUUGGAAGAUGACAGCAGCCCUAUCUUCUCCCCAACGCAUAAAAGCACCCCCAGGGAGGGCAUCUUCAAGGCGCAGUUGGUCCAAGUGAGCAGCCUGAGCUUCGAGGAGGAAGAAGAAUCCUUCGGUUCUGAAGAUUCUAGCAACGCCAGCAUCAGAUCUUCACCGUCCUACGAGCUAGUCCGCGACGAGAAAGGGUGGAAAGGCAAGCCAGCCCCCCGACAUAGCACCCCGACCGGCCAGGAGGACAGCUCCCCCGGCCAGGAGGACAACAGCCUCCGGAGGGGGAGGAGCAUGCGGCGGCGGAGCCAGAGGAGGAGCUUCGAGGGCAGCCUGUGGGACGACGAGGACUUCAAGCACAAGCCGGCGCUCUUAAGACAAGACAGCCCACUACACAAACCAGAGCCGGUCAGAUCACCUGAGCUAGACACCAGCGCAUCUUCACAGAAAACGUCGCCUAGUCCAAAGUCAAAGAAAAGUUUCAAAGACUUCUUCCGUCUGGGUAAGAAGAGAAGCUCUUCCGCCCACAAAGCCACACCCAAACGCACCCCUGGUUCGGAAGAGGAAAAGGUCGAUGCCUUACCGACUAGCAUUCUCGUAGAGAGAGGGUCUCAGAGCGACACUGAAGACGAACCAAGGGGAGGACUGAGUUUAUUCUACAAGACGUCGAAGACCAAACGUAAGAAGCGCAAGGGUUCUGUUAGUUCAGCCGGUGGCGAGCGAGGUUGCGGAGCGGUGUCGCUGGGUGGUAAGCCUGGUGAACGGAGGAAUAGCUGGGCUGCAGGACAGGGGCGUUUCUCUAACACCGCCAUACCGCUCGCUUUCAACUAUGGUGUAGACGCUCAGCUACGUCGCGGUCACACAAUUUGCUGGGGAACCAGAGUUGAUGUUAGGAAGCAGUGGAACUCAAAGCGAAAGCAGAACGUAGGAAAGAAUAGCUCUAGCUGUAGCUCUCUGCCGACUUUGCUUGCUAGUUCACCGCGGACAGUCUUCCACAGUGCUUCAUCCAUUCCGCCAUGCCCAUCAAUAGAAGAGGAUGCUAGUAGCAACCAGUCUCUGAUUUUCGAGUCAGCCCUUUGAGAGCUUUUGAUAUGUUCAUCUUUGAUCAUUCCAUGGUGGCUUAGAGUAGAUCAUUGCCUGCAUUUGCUAACACUGGUGUCGGUUCUAACGCAAGAAUGGUGUCGGUUCUGACGCGACUGAAUGGUGUUUGGGGCCUUUCAAUUGGAAUUAGCUAGCAGGAUAUUACUAACCUCAGUUACUCCUAAUGUCGCACGACGCAUAUUUACACGCUGUUUCCCUGUAAUUCCCUUUCAGUGUAGCCAGAGCCCGCCACGAGGUCGAAACUACACGUGCCUGCGAAAAUCGCCAGCGUCUUCUAAUGCAUGAACCGUACCGUCCUCACCACUACCACACACAGUAUAGCUGUGUCCACAUGUCACCAUCAUCACCAUUCACACACUACCGUAGAUAUGAAGAUGUACAGUCAAACCUGCCUAUAGUGACCACUCUUGGACAUUAGACAUUUAUAUUAUAGAUUUUAAAAGAAUGUUUGGAUCAAUGGAAAAACAUUUAAGGGACAACCAAUAAGUGGCUACAGAGGCAAUGGUCAGGUGGUUCUUCUGGUGAGGUGGUCACUAUUACAGAUUUGACUGUAGUGUUAUGUUUUUUGUUGAAGUAACAUUUAACAAUAAACUGACGUUUUGUCCAUGUAGACUAAUGAAUUGUACAGGCACAGAGAUUUAGGCUAUCUUUCGUUUUUCAGGAAAGUCAUUGAGCACUCCCAUUGGUCCUUGAUGUCUAACUUGUAACAUCGGAAUUUUAGACGUGACAGUCACGUGCCUUAGAGGAGCAACGCCAUUGGCUGGGGGCAUCUUACACUUUCUAUGACGCUAACUGUACUGACAUUUCAUUUCGUCAUCUAACUUUGUUCAGAAGAACUAAGGAGACAUAUCAUCAACGCCACCUUGUGGACAUUAAAGUAAUGCAUUGUUAUAAUUAAUACUCGCAACAGUUGCUCCAUCUAUCUGAUUGUAUAGUACUGCAUCUAGCAAAUGUAACAGUUAGGUUGUAUCAAUCUGAGGAAGCUAUUGUGUCAUACUUUACAGUAGAUAAGCGCACUCUUCAAAGAGUUUUACUUUUCAUCUUAUAAUUAAUAACACAGUGGAUAUCACCAACUCUAUUCAGCAGAAAUCUUGCAAGCUUUCCGAUCAAAGUUUUUAUAUUACGGUUGUACACAUUUUGUCAUACUUAGGUUGUCAACACACUGUACAAUGUAAGGGACAACGGUAACUUUUCUUAGACUGUCGAUUUUCAAUGUAAAAGGAACACUGGCUUUUGAUUGACUACAAUACAUAAUGUUAUGGCUAUUGCCAUAGAUUUAGCUUGAAUACUGUUUGCAUUCAAUUAUACAACGAAGAGCAUAUCUAAUGCAUUAAUUUUUUUUUAAAUCAGAUGUCUUAGUUUUUUUUGCAAAAGAUUUGAUUUUUGUUACGUGUGACCUCAGUAGCCAGUGAGAUAAGUUAUGUUAAUCGCCAGCGCUGAGCUUAACUCGUUUUGCCGUGGGCAGAAUUCGCUCUCGUGUCUGUCAGCAAGCCACGCCCACAAGAACCGGUUUCGCGGCAUCAUUUGUGUCGCAAAUUAGCUCUUUCAGUUGAAAGGUCACCAAGUAAUCAUCGUUACAUGUAAACACUGGUUCUACAGGUCAAGGGUUAGAGGUCAUGACAUUAUUUGUUUACUUUUUGUCUGGAUCAAGAAGCUUAAAUACAAGAGCCAUUUUAAUGUAAACUUAAAGUAAUAUUAAUCUACGAGCAAUUGACAUAAGAUGUAUCUAGCCUUAUCUAAUGUUGAGAAACAUGAAAAUUACUUUGUAAGAUUAUUU